CUCACAUGCUCGAUGUAAAGGCACAGCAUCUUGCGUGUGCCCUGCGACCAAUACGUGACACUUAUGUAAGGCAGUCGUCUCAAAGGGCAGUCCUGCAUUCCCGCGCGGAUGCAACAUCGUCCGGAACACGCGGCACAAUGUGAGCUGGCACUGCAACCAUGCCUUUGCUCCCCGCAUCCCAGACGACGCCUGCGCAUUCUCCUCGACCUGCUCAUCUCUCUGCAUCCGCUAUUCUAGCCCAUUGCUUUGAACAUCAGCGUUCUGCAGAAACAAAGGCCGCGCUCGCAAAUCUCUCCGCAUCCGCCGCCGCCGUUCCCCGCUGUCUCAUCAGUGCCGCCACCACCACCACCACCCGCACGCCACUUCAGCCAUCUCUCGGCAGGCAACACCUUACCACACGUCCACAACCCCUCAUCUAGCAAACCUCAAUACCAACCCCAAAAAUGGUCGCCACCUGGGCCAUCCCCGUCGGCGCCCUCUGCGGCCUCUCCGCGCUCGCAAUGUUCUUCUUCUGGUGGUGGUUCCCGCGCGUGUGGCGCAAAGGCAACAACCAAGAAGGUGAAAUGAUGGUGAUGGAGAAUGCGGCGCGCCAACGGCAUCGGGCCAUUAUCGCUGCUGCGCAGGAAAGGGAGGCGUUGGAGAAGGAGGGCGGGGGGAGGGUGGCGCUUCGCGAGGUGGCGGGGCCGGUGGGCGAGGAGCUGCCUGCGCCGCCGCCAGCCUACUAUUCGGCGCCGGUUUAUUCGACUUAUUGA